AUGGGCGCUGCUACAACCGCAAGACAAACCUCGUGGAUGGUGGCAACGGCAAUUGCCGCAGUGGAAGCACGCUGGAAUUAUCCUGUCCGUUUUUUCAACAAAGAUGUAAAGCCUCGUCUCCGUGCCAUCGCUGUAACGUCUAGUACACCUUCCACCGCGCCAUCUUCUUCACCGGCUGAUUUCGUCAGAGACAAUCCUAAGGCUAAAUCUGAGGCUUCCAUGGAGAGAGUUAUGGGUCUUAGCUGCUUUGGUCCCACCACCGUUCGAUUCUAA